CCAACACAGCUAGACUGACCCAAAGCGCAUCCCGCAUCUCGCAGAUACAUUUGCCAAAGAGGAUUCAGUUCGAACUCAACAGGACCUUGCAGGACCUUUUGUGCGAAUCCAAGCAAACUAAAAACACACAGAAUAUAUAUAUAUAUAUAUAUAUAUAAUAUAAGAAGCGGAGCAAGCAUGAAGCUGGAGAGCAUCAGUGGUCCGCCCAAGUAUCUCAACGAGAACUUCUUCAAGGCGGCCCUCGAGGAUGGAUUGCGUGAUAUGCGCGUCGAUAUCAAGAAAAUCAUAUUUGCCGACUCCAGCGGCGGUGGCGGUGAGAAUUAUUGCAGCAAGAUCUAUCGGGCUCGGGCCCUGUAUCGGAGCAGCAAGCGUCAGCUGGAUGAGGAGCUGGCAUUGAUUGUGAAGAGCAUCGCCAUCACACCGGCCACACAAUUUCUGGAGGAGCUGGCCGUCUAUUUGCGUGAGAAGAUCUUCUAUUUUGAUGUCCUUGGCAAGCUGGAGGUGCUCAUUGGCGAUGGCUCCAAGUUUGGUGCCAAGUGCUUCUACACAACGCGUGAGCCCAUCCAGACAAUCGUAUUCGAUGACCUAACCCAAUACGGCUACAAGCUGGCCAAUCGCCAGAGCGGUCUCAACGAGGAGCACUGCGUCGUCAUCCUGCAGAAGUUGGGCAAAUUUCAUGCCAGCUCCAUGCUGCUCGCCCAGAAGGAGCCCAGUGUGCGGGAGCACUUCACCAGCGGCAUGCUGGACGAGAACUAUAUAAGGACCAAUGAGAGAUUCAUCAACUUUAUGACGCUCCAGCUGCGCACGCUGGCCAGCGUCGUGGAGAAGUGGCGUGGCUAUGAGAAGCUGGCGGAUAAGCUGCAUCGUCAUUGUGACAAUAUCAAGGAGAAUCUGGUGCUAACCGGUCGGCCGACACCGGGUGAAAUAACGGUGCUCAAUCAUGGCGAUCUGUGGGUCAAUAAUUUCAUGUACAAAUACGACGACGAGCAGCCCACCAAACCCAUCGAUGCCAUCUUCGUGGACUUUCAGAACAGUUUCUUUGGCAGUCCCGGCUGCGAUAUCAACUUCUUUCUGAACAGCAGCGUACAGCUGGACGUGCUGAUCCAUCGGCGAGAGUUCCUCAUCCGGACGUACUACGAUUCGCUGCGCGACAGCUUGGAGCGGAUGCAUUCGGAAGUUGUGCCGAGCUAUGCGGAUGUUCAGCACGAGAUAAGGUCACGUGAAUUGUAUGGCUUCUUCUCGUCGUAUGCGUUCCUGCCGAUGGUGACGAUGCGCAAAGAGGACUCGUAUGAUAUAAGCAUUGAGGCACUUACCGACCAGGAUUUCGCCAAGAAGAAGGUGCAGCUGAUGUUCUCAUCGAAUCCACGCACCACGGAUACCCUGCACUAUGCACUGCGACGGUUCGAUGAGCUCGGCAUCUUUGAUGAUUGAUGCUGAUGUUGAUGCUGCUUAAUUUAUAUUUAUAACUUGCAUGCUUGG